AGUUACAUAAUGGAUACUAAAUUGAUUCAAGUGUUGUUAUAUUACGUUGUAUUGGUGGUUUGUCAAAAUAACGUCAACAGUGUUCAAGAAAAAGAAAUAACAAUUAACGAGAUUGGGUACAAACAUCAUCAAGAAAGAGUUGUUGUUAAUUCCAAAAAAUAUCCUUACGAAUCUUUUCUUCGAGAUGAACAAACACUCGAAGAUGUUUACAAAGAAUAUGUUUCUUGGAAUGACGCGCCGAUGAAAUACGAGAAUGGGUUUACAAACAACUUAGAAAUAUCAAAGGACAAACAAAAACGAUUCAUGGAAAAAACAAUAAGCGAAUAUAAUAUUGCAAAUGAAAGAAAUAAAUUGAUAAAUGAUGUAGAACGAGGGUUUAUUAGAACAGGAGGUCUUAGAGAGUCCCCAGACCGACCAUUCCGGAAACAAUUAAAAAUGGAUACAGAAACGAAUAGCACCAAUAACGCCUCUUAUACAGUUCCAGAGCCUCAAGACCGACCAGUUGAGAAAGAAAUAAAAAUUGAUGCAGAAACGGAUGGCAACGAUAACGCCACUUAUUCAGUUCCAGAGUCUCAAGACCGACCAGUUGAGAAGGAAACAAAAAUUGAUGCAGAAACGGAUGGCAACGAUAACGCCACUUAUACAGAGUCUCCAGAUCAAACAUUCCAGGAACAUAUAAAGAAUGAUACAGAAACGGAUAGCAACGAUAGCGCCAAUCAUACAGAGUCUGACGAUCUAUCAUUCAAGGAUGAAAUAAGCAUGGAUGCAGAAAUGGAAUACACAGAUUCAGGAAACAAUUCUGAUAAACUAAACGACGCAUUAUAUGAUACUGGAGUAAAAUCGAAGUUAUUCGAACCUAAAAAAUACACUCGCCUUGACUAUAAGGGCCACGUACCAAUAUUCCAAAGUACAUACAAAGAAUUUGUUGAAUUGAUGAAAAAACCGAUGGAGUACAAGCCAUGGCUUACUAUGAACACAUUCGGAAUCUUACAGGAUGUAAAUGAAUCAUUAUUGAACGAGAAAAGUUCAGAAGAUUAUAAGAAAAAUAAAAACAAGUUCAUGAGUGACAUACAACGAGGAGACAUAUUGUUAACUAACGGCAAUGACAAAAAGGGUACACUUGGACUUGCAGCUUUAGUGAUUGAUAACCACAAUAUACUAGAAAUGCUUGGCUAUCAAACAACAAUAUCACGUAUUCCAUACGAAGGAAUGACUAACAAUUUAAGGGUUACUAUAGAACAUUUUUUUAGUCUCCAUUUAAAGGAUUGGAUUUAUAUAUACCGUUGUUCUAAUUCAACUGAUGCUAAUUCUGCUGCCGUCUGGGCCCACCAUUCCUAUUACAAUCCUAAAGGUUUAUAUGUGCAGACUGAAAAUAUUAGUUACGAAAUUAAUUCAGAUUUUAUGUCGACAAAUCCAAGUUACAACUCAAAAUUGGUUCUGCAAGCAUAUUAUUUUGGGAGUGAUGCAAUAGACAAAAAGAACGUGCAUAACAAUACAUUAGUUUUUCCAACUACAAUUUCUAAAUAUUUCAAGGAGCCGUUGAAAUAUGUAGGAAAAUAUUAAAAAUGUAAAAUUAGGCCGAAUAGUUGCAGAGCUAUGUGAUACAGUCCAACAAAAACAUAGUAUUUUCAAAGAUGAGCUGAAUACAAAAUACCACACAUAAUAUUUAAUCCUUUAUUUUAUUGUAAAUACGCACUAUAAUAUUAAUGUCAAAUACAAUUAUGUAACGUAAUACCUUGAUUGUUAUAUUAUAAAAUGUUUAAUUAAAAUUCACCAUUACACGUUCGACAUUCUGGAUUGCACAAAUAUCAAUAAUUUUAUUUAAAAAGUCCUACUAAAACGAAUUUGUUACUCAUACACAUCAACAUUACAUCCCUUAUAAAAAAAAUUUGAUGCACUAGCAGCACUAUAUAUUUUCUUCGAGAAAAUAUGUUGACAUCAUAAUAGUAACAUAAGCAAAUAUAUCCGCAUCACUCAGGUGCCUCUAUAAUAUAAAUGGCUAUAACAUGUUUUAUAAUUUAAGAAAAACACAAAAAGGUGGAGGUAUUAUCAUAUAAGUACACAAAGAACUUAAUUGUGAUGCAAUAAAAACUCAUUUCGAGGGAAUUUACUUAAAAAUCAUAUCACACACGUACGCAUCGAAUCUACUUGCAGUGUAACAUCUCUUCAUUAAAACUACAAAAAACAAUUCAAAUAUUUGAAUAUUCUUUUUAAAUACUUAAUUACUCAAUACACUAGAAUCGAAAGUAAACGGAAUGAAACAGUGAACAAAUCCUGUAUCGAUCAUAUUUUUGUGCGAUCCCGGCCACAAGAUGUGUUCACAGCGGCCUUUGGUACAGUACUGGCGGAUCACCGAGCGAUUGCUUUGGUUUACUCGGAGCCACCUCGUAUACAGGCUGUUCCCAAACGAAGAACGCAUAUUGACACAAAUUUAUUAAAAAAACAGUUAGACACGGUAGAUU